UUUCACAGCGUUUGGGCGUGUUUUCUCCGUUCCUGCCACAGCAAAUCCCCACAUAUGCGGGUCCAAUUAAUUCAUAAAUAAUAUACCGAACGAACAGGAAGAACGCCGUCACGGUUCUGCUUUCAAUUAAGAAUAUUGAUUGAACAACUUUCGCGAUACAUCAAACUCCACUUCAAAUUCGCAUCUCUCUCUCUGUACGCGCUUAAGUGGGUGUGUGUGUGUGUGUGUGUGGGCAGCAUUUGUAUUAGUGCGUGAGCAAAUUAUUGUAUAAUCGCCAAAAAAGAAAAACAACAAAAGCAAAACGCCAACGCGAAAACCGAAAGCUAUACAAUUAGAAAAAACAAGCUGAGCUAUGACUAAAAUUCGUCUGUCGAACUAAGUAAUUACGAAAAGAUACCAAAAACUGCCGAGUACAAAAACCAUCUAAAACAUUCAAGAACGGACUGACCUACCGAAUUAAAUGAUAACCCCAAAGUCAUUAAAACUAUAGCUGCCACAAAGAAAACCAGUUCUUGAGCCACUGCAAAUCGAGCACGAAACCAGCUGAUCAACUGAAAAACCCUCUGCAACAAGCACAAACAAAUCAACGAGCUGUGCUGAAUUCAUCGAUCAUUCAUCAACAUGCAGGCCAUCAAGUGUGUGGUUGUGGGCGACGGAGCGGUGGGUAAGACCUGCCUGCUCAUCAGCUACACGACCAACGCCUUCCCGGGCGAGUACAUACCCACCGUGUUCGACAACUACUCGGCCAACGUGAUGGUGGAUGCCAAGCCCAUCAAUCUGGGCCUCUGGGAUACCGCUGGUCAGGAGGACUACGAUCGCUUGAGGCCGCUCUCCUAUCCGCAGACGGAUGUGUUCCUCAUCUGUUUCUCGCUGGUGAAUCCGGCAUCGUUUGAGAAUGUGCGUGCCAAGUGGUUUCCGGAGGUGCGUCAUCACUGCCCCAGUGUGCCCAUUAUCCUGGUCGGCACCAAGCUGGAUCUGCGCGACGACAAGCAGACCAUCGAAAAGCUGAAGGACAAGAAGCUCACACCGAUCACCUAUCCCCAAGGACUGGCGAUGGCCAAGGAAAUCGCAGCGGUCAAGUAUCUGGAGUGCUCCGCCCUGACCCAAAAGGGUCUGAAGACGGUCUUCGACGAGGCCAUACGAUCCGUGCUAUGUCCUGUGGUUCGCGGUCCCAAGCGACACAAGUGCGCUCUGCUCUAAGAACUUUGAACCCACGCAAAUCAAAAAAAAAAGCGAAAAACUCUAAAAAAAAGGGAAAAAAUGAGAAGAGAACAAAGCGCAAAAUUCUGUGCAAAAUAUUCAUAUUCGCUUUGUUGGGUCUGCAGUUACAGCAGAUAGUGUGAGUGCGAGUGCCAGUGUGAGUGUGAUGUGAGUGCGAGUGUGAGUGCGUCUCCGGGUUGCGAGUGUGACGGCAUGAGUGUGUGAAUGAGUGAGCGUAUUUUUGUUUUUUUAUUGUCAGCUUUAUGUGGGGGAGCAGCAGCCACAACAACAACAACAACAACAACAGCUAUCGACAGCAAGGGGCUACAUGGGAUGGGCGGGGGGCGUGGUGGGGCAGGGGUCUCUGGGGGGCAGCUCACGGAUAGAAAGAUAUAGACAUAAGCAUAUAAGUAUGAUACUGUGCGUACACGGUGAAAUAAACGUGGAUGAACUUAUAAAACUUUGUGAAUGCAAUAUUGCUUAAAUUUAAUCAAAUAUUUUAAUGGAUUUUUCCUACUGCCACCACAAUUUCUAUAUUGCUUUGGAUUACAUGUCUAAAUUUUUCUGUUCUGAGUUAUUGUUGCGUAGCAUUUUUAAUGACUAACCUUUUCUAGUAUUUAGAUUAAAGCACAGCUCAUGACUUACAAGAAUUGACAUUUCAAAAAUAUUAAAAGUACGACUUUAGAAGUUUAACUAUACUAAUAAACGCAGAAAACACCAGCUGCAGUUAAAUAUAAACUAGUUGAAGUUCAUAAAAUGCCUUAAAAAGCAAGUGCAUCAUGAUAAACAGCACACACUAUAUCUUUCUUGUGUUUUUGCGAAAGAAACUCGGCCUGAGAAACGUAUGACAAAUCAAAUAAAAUUAAUUGUAAAUAAAUCUAGACGAUUUAAAGCCUUUAGCGCCCGAAACACAGUCACUAUAACAAGAACCAGAUAGCUGUUAUCUGGGAGGCCAGAGAAAAACCGCAGGAAAGGCCCCGCCUAUGGCCAAUAUCUGAACAAUCGGGAAUCGGGGAAUGUGGGAAGCCGACAAAAAAAAGAAACUUUCAUUUAUACAUAUAGUAGUUUUUAGAGUUACGAGUGAAUGUGUGUGUCUGAUCAAUGGUCUUCCCGCUCAAUGCAUUUGCAUUUGGCAUUUGACUUGAUUUAAUGUAUACUAAAUGCACAAUUAGCCACUACUUUGAUGUUAAUUUAUAUACUGAUAUUUAUGUUAAAUAAAUGCAUAUACUUUGCCAAUUUGUUUUUAACGAAAGAGAGCGGUAAAUAAAAAAAAAAACACUUUAUUUAUAUUAACACAUAAUUUACCAAUAAAGAGUGUAAUAUUAAUCAACCGAAAUAAACGUGUGUAUAAAGCUAAA